GACUGAAGCAGGGCAGUAAUUUUCUACCUCCUUUACCAGCGUCCCACCGACCGAGAGUGUUAAUUCUGUCAAUAUCGAAAGUAUUUUUUGUGGUGAAAGCCGGUGUGUAUUUUGAGGAAGUGCCUUUAGUCGGUGUGUGUGCUCUUUAAGGCCGCUCACUCAGUGGGUCUGGUCUGAAGUGACGCCAUCUCUGUAUUUUUAUCACCAUGACCUCAUCAUCUCUCUCACGGAGUUCAGUCACCAGUCAAACUUUAUUCAACUUCUUUUUACACGGGAAAUGCCUUUAUUCGCUCUUUUCUCUCAUACUGUAUUCGGCGUCGAAGAAGAUAAGUGAGACUGGGGUUUAGUGAGAGGACGUGGAUCAUAAAAUGUGCUCAUUUUCACUUGUUUCUCUUUAACGCCUAAUAACCACUUGAGCAUGAAGACGAGAAGCAAGGAGAUGAUGUAAUGGCACUGUGACCCAGGAGAAAAGCCCUCUUUUGUGUCCUUCGUGCAAUGGUGUGAAGAGAGAGAGAAAAAAAAAAAAAAGAAGCACACCCUCCUCCUCUUUCCCUUCCCAGGCAAACCCCCCAAAACACAGCCGAGUCUGCUGGAAGUGGGCCGAAGUGAUCUUACUGCUUGGCAAACACGGACCCCAUUACCACAUCCAUACUCUCUCAGACAUGCACACAUACGUGUAGUGCAUAGAGAGGACAGUGUGGAGGUGUUUAUUUUUUUUUAUUUAUUUAUGUUUUUUAUUCCCCCCUUAGUACAUUAAGAAAAACCUCCCUCCAAUUUUUUUUUUCUACUCCUCUUUUCCUUUCUGUUUCUUGCUUUCGCUUUUUUUUUUUUUUUCUUUUUCUUCUUCAAACUCACCAGCCAAACACUAAAAGGAUGACAUCAUCGGCUGCCACCACAAUGGGGUCGUUCUUCUGCUGAAGGCCCUCGCAGGCCACGUCAUUGCACCACAGGAAGAGAGGAGGUAACAGUCAGACGGAUGGAUCGAGAGGUCAUGGAUAUGGUAGAGCAUGCUGGGACGGGAGCUCCGGCCUCAGUGAGACUCAUCGGCCCCGAAGGCCUCGUAGCCUUGCUGGAGGGUGGACUGGACCGAGUGCUUCUGAUCGACAGCAGGCCCUUUGUGGAUUAUAACACCUCCCACAUCCUAGAGGCGGUUAACGUCAACUGCUCCAAGCUGAUGAAGAGGAGGCUGCAGCAGGACAAGGUGCAGAUCGCAGAGCUUCUGCAGCAUUCGGCAAAAAAGAAGUUGGAGCUGCAGAAUCAAGAAGUGGUGGUCUACGACCAGAGCUCUUCCAACCCUUCCUCCCUGUCAUCAGAGGCCUUCCUCAGCGUCCUAUUGGCCAAACUGGAGAGGAGUUUCCCGUCCGUCCACCUGCUCUCAGGUGGAUUUGUGGAGUUCUCAAACCUCUUCCCGGGUCUGUGUGAGGGAAAGUGUAUGCUGGUGCCCUCCUGUAUCUCACAGCCGUGUCUUCCGCUCAACAGCAGCGGUCCUACACGCAUCCUGCCUCAUCUGUAUCUGGGCUGCCAGAGAGACGUCCUCAAUAGGGAUCUGAUGCAGCAGAACGACAUAGCGUACGUCCUCAAUGCCAGUAACACCUGUCCCAAACCUGACUUCAUUCCCGACUCGCAUUUUCUUCGUGUUCCUGUCAACGACAGCUUUUGUGAGAAGAUCCUGCCAUGGCUGGACAAAUCUGUGGAGUUCAUAGAAAAAGCGAAAGCAUGUAAUGCCAGAGUUCUAGUACAUUGCCUGGCUGGAAUUUCCCGAUCGGCCACCAUUGCCAUUGCUUACAUCAUGAAGAGGAUGGACAUGUCCUUAGAUGAGGCAUACAGGUUUGUGAAGGAGAAGAGGCCGACCAUCUCGCCCAACUUUAACUUCCUGGGCCAACUACUGGAUUUUGAGAAGAAAAUCAAGAGCCCUAGCGAAAUGGCAGCUAAGGGUAAAACAACGCAUGUGGAACUGGCCAUCAAGACAAGCCCUGGCCAAGAGAAUGAGUUUUGUGUCCCGUGCUCGUCCGGGGUAGAGAGAUCUGCCCUGACUCCACUAGAGCCUCUGACACUGCCCUGUGUACUGGCUGGUGUUCCUGAGGAGCAGCUUCUGGCUCAGGCUCUGUGCAGUCUGCAGCUGAGUGAAGAAAUGGAGGAGAGCAUGCGCUUGAAACGCUCCUUCUCCCUAGACAUCAAGUCGUACGGAGAGCCGAGCGUCGGAGCUCCUUUACGCACGUUUGGCAGUGGAGAUAAUCCAGACUACUACAAACCAUCCUCGUUUAAAGAUCCGUCGGUUAAGCCUUGUCAGUUCUCCCCUGUGGAGGAGGUCUCAGAGCAGUCGACUCCCGAACAGAGUCCGGACAAGGAGCAAGCUGAAGGUCCCUCAACUAGCAGUAACAAGUCUGUAAACUCUGCCAAAUCCAGUCACCCCAGCAACCCUAACCAAUCCACUAAGCCCCAGUCUACAUCCUUGAAACCCCCUCCACCACCUGCCUGCCCCCAGCCACUUCAGAGGAGCGGUAGCAUGGAGGAAACUGCAAGUGCUGCCAGCUUUCUGCUCGGUCUCUCGCGCUCACAGCAGCAGUUGGCCAAAACUGGGUUAGGCGCUCUAAAAGGGUGGCACUCCGACAUCCUUCUGGCGCCCGUCACCGGGGGCUGGUACCUCUCGUCUGAAUCAGCUCGCUUUUACUCCACCUCGGCCAUUUUCAGCAGUGGGGGCAGCGGAGGAGCUUCGCAGAGCAGUUUCACAGCGACGUACAGCUGCAGUCAGGGUUUGGAGGCAGUAAGGAGACGCAGCAGACAGAGGAGCAGUGAAGGUGGAGACUCACGCCGCAGCUGGCACGAAGAGAGCAGCUUCGAGAAGCAACUAAAGCGGCGUAGCUGCCAGAUGGAAUUUGGCGAUGGCAUGACCGAGAGCCGCUCCAGAGAUGACCUGGGGAAAGUAGGCAGCCAGUCCAGCUUCUCUGGGAGUAUGGAGGUCAUCGAGGUGUCCUGAAAGAAAAAAAAAUUGAAUGUUGCUCUUAAACUGAAUAAUGACUUUUUGUAAGAAGGAUUUUGUGGAUUCUUUCUCAGCACAAAAUUUUUAUCAAGUGCUUCAUAGGCUUUUCCCCACUGACCAAGAAUAUUUUUGUAUUCAUCUAGCUGAAUCUUGCAGGUAAUAAUGUUCACUGAAUGCAGCUCCCUUUCGUCGAUUGUCCGAGAGUGGACACAAACACUUUCAGUUGAUCAUGAUAUAGAUAUAUGUUUGUUUAUAUUGUAGUUUUGUUUUAGCUGAGCCUGUUUAUUGUCUUUGGAUCAGUAUUGAUUAUUUACCAUUUUCCAAUGAUGUGAUUGAUCCAAUAUGUUUGUCUGACUCCAGUACUGAAUCUUGAGCCUGAAACCGAAGCACGAAUGAAGCUGAAGAGUGAAGAUUUUUCUGCAUGCUCUGACAAAGGGUGUCUACGUAGCGACUAUACAGUACCUCACAAAUCCAAAUUAAGGGCUUUGCUCUCUCUCUCUCUCUCUCUCUCUCUCUCUCUCUCUCUCUCUCUCUCUCUCUCUCUCUCUCUCUCUCUCUCGCUUUUAUUUUUGCCUCUUUUUUUUUUGCCUUUACUCAUAUGUGUAGCUUUUAAUAGUUAAAAUCUCAGGUCUUAUAUUGAGCAGCAGGAAAAGACAUUUAUUUAAAAAAAAAAAAAAAAAAAAAUCCCUUUUGCUUUGAAUUCAAGCGUUAAAAUGUAAACGACUGUAACGAGAUUUUUUUCUCUUAUGUGGGAUGAUCCACAAUUAAAAGUGUUCGGUAGCCGAAUGACGUGUGGGACUGAAGUUAAGAUGAAGAUCAGGUAUUAGAGGUAGAGUGGAGCUGAAAAGGCCAGCUGUUAUGGCUUGCUGUGUAAAUGGUGGGUUGUUUAAGCAAGUGCUGGGGAAGAGGAAGUCUUGUUUAAAAGGUGCAACUCGAUCUUGCUUGAGAUCAGAGUGGAUUAUUGUCUUGUCAAACAUCUUUUCGAUGGAAAAUAAACACCUUUUCAAGUCAAAGCUAAUCUGCAGUGGAAAACAUCACACCACGUUGGUUACAUAAUGAUCGGAAAUUAUGAAACAGUCGUCGCUUGGCAUCAUGUUUAUGGCAUUCGUUCUCAGUCUGUUACACUGCAGAAGGAGCUUAUGACAGAGAGCCAAAGCUACAGAUUUGUACUGUCAAUUCAGUUAGUAACACAAAGCACAUGAAUUCAGAAAAAGACUCCAACACACAACCAUCACGGGCUGUAAAUUCAUCUGUGAAUCUGGUUUAGCAUUAAAAUUUACAUCAUUUGGCAGACGUUCUUAUCCAGAGCGACUUACAUUAUCUCAUAUUUAAUAUACAUAACUGAGCAAUUGCAGGUUAAGGGCCUUGCUCAGGGGCCCAGCAGUGGCAGCUUGGUGGACCUGGGAUCGAACUCACAACCUUCUGAUGGGUAGCCCAACACCUUAACCACUAGGCCACCACACACCCGCAUACAGCACAAGCUCCUCCCACAACUAAUAAACAAGAUUCACUAGAAACACUGUGGACACGAAUGUGAUUAACGUCUUCAGUCAGGAAAAUGUUCAGUCUGAUUAAAUUAAAUUUGAAUAUAUUUAAAUCUACAUCAGUGUAAAAGAAUCUCUCAGAUUACAUACUGCACGUGAUCCGACCUCAGUCCUGCUUUCGAUUAAACACCAUAUUGUGUGUUUGUGGGUCAUGCAGUUGGUUGAAACAUCUGCUUAUCACAUGCACCUUAAACUCAAGUACCUUUUAGUGGAGUUGGGUCAUAUGUUUAGUUUUCAAAAAGCAUCAUUACAACACGUUCCUGGUUAAACGGAUGAGUGAAUGUCCCAUUGAACACCGGUUAUUCUACCAGUUAAGAUCAGAUGCUUUUGCAAAACUAAUAUACAGAAAAGUAUGUGCAGACCUGACUAUCACACCGCUACAUGGUUCUGUCUCUGUAUGCUGUAACAUUACAAUUUUCCCUUUGCUGUAACUAUGAGACUCAGACACUGUUCCAGCACGACGAUGUCCCUGUACACUAAGCCCCUGAGCUCCAUGAUGACAUGGUGUGUUAAUGAUGGAGUGGAAGAACUGGAGUGUCCUACACAGAGCCCUGACUCUGACUCAACCCCACUGAACACCUUUGAGGAUGAACUGGAACACCGACUGAACCCCAGACCUCCUCACUCACACCAUCAGUGUCUGAUCUCACUAAUGCUCCUGUAUCUGAAUGAUCACUAAUCCCCACAGACACACUCCAACAUCAGUGUCUGAUCUCACUAAUGCUCCUGUAUCUGAAUGAUCACUAAUCCCCACAGACACACUCCAACAUCAGUGUCUGAUCUCACUAAUGCUCCUGUAUCUGAAUAAUCACUAAUCCCCACAGACACACUCCAACAUCAGUGUCUGAUCUCACUAAUGCUCCUGUAGCUGAAUGAUCACUAAUCCCCACAGACACACUCCAACAUCAGUGUCUGAUCUCACUAAUGCUCCUGUAUCUGAAUGAUCACUAAUCCCCACAGACACACUCCAACAUCAGUGUCUGAUCUCACUAAUGCUCUGUAACUGAAUGAUCACUAAUCCCCACAGACACACUCCAACAUCAGUGUCUGAUCUCACUAAUGCUCUGUAACUGAAUGAUCACUAAUCCCCACAGACACACUCCAACAUCAGUGUCUGAUCUCACUAAUGCUCCUGUAUCUGAAUAAUCACUAAUCCCCACAGACACACUCCAACAUCAGUGUCUGAUCUCAUUAAUGCUCCUGUAUCUGAAUAAUCACUAAUCCCCACAGACACACUCCAACAUCAGUGUCUGAUCUCACUAAUGCUCCUGUAGCUGAAUGAUCACUAAUCCCAACAACUGUGAUGGUCAGGUGUCCUUAUACUUUUAGCUGUAUAGUGUGUAAUGCAAACAUUAGUUUGACUCUAAGACCAUCAUCAUCAUCAUCAUCAUCAUCAUCACUACUACCACAGUGGUGGACCACAGCUGAAUAGUAAACCUUCCUUAAUUAAACAGAAAUUUGAAUACUUUCCGGUUACAUUUAAUACUGGAUAAUGAUGGAUAACAUGAUGAGCCAGGACAUUCUUCGUUAAACCAUUAAACCUUUUACUGAUCCUGAAUCUCAUCCUGCUCUCACAAACUCCAAAACACGGUCCUGCCUGAUCGUUACCACCCAAACACAGAAAAUAUCUCUGCGUUGCUAACCAGCAUUUCUACCCAGGAACGUUUCCAGGACAGUGCCAUCUACACCUCUUUAUAAACUCAGUAAUGAGCUAACAACCUUGCAGCUCAGAACGGUUGGAUUGUCACGUUCAUUACUCCUGGUGGUGUGUUUUUUUCCAUGACACAGAAAGCAGUGGCUUAUUCCAAUUUGAAUGCGUCCCUAUAACUGUGAAGAUGAUACUUCUGUAAAUAAGUGCGUUCUUAGACAACAAUCAGUAAUAAAUAAUGUUUAUAAUGCUCCAGAAUCAGCAGGUUUGAACUAUUUAGCCACUUUAACCAGGAGAAGUGUUUGACCUUCUACAUCAUCUUUAAAAAAAAAAAAGACUUAAUGUCACAUUCAAGAUGUACAGCGAGUCUCAAAGCCAGGCCAAAUGAAAUUUCCUGUAGGGAAAUCUUUAUGGCCAAAUGACAGUAUAUAAUGUUUUUUUUUUCCUAACUGAAUGUGUUCUGAUGGUGCAUACAUAACAGAGAACGGUAGAGAAGAUUCUACAAGUGUGUGAAGCGUGUGAAUGUCCUGUGGAGGUUGAUUCGGCCUUGAGAGUAUGAUGUGCCUUUUCCUUUCAGUGUAUGCAGUUCUUUGAUGUUGAUGUUGGUGGUUAUUCAGUUGUAUGUUUGACGGUUGAAAUAAACCUAAACUGGUACUCAA